AUGGUGGCCAUGGAUACGAAUAUGAUGACCAUUUCUCGGUACAUCACCGAGCAGCAGCGGAAGUCCAAUGCUACGGGCGAAUUCACGCAGCUCAUGAACUCGUUAGUUGCUGCUAUCAAAGCCAUUUCCAGUGCUGUCCGUGUGGCUGGUCUCAACAAUCUUAUGGGCUUAGCUGGCCAGGAGAACGCCACUGGUGACGAUCAGAAAAAACUGGAUGUUUUGUCCAAUGACUUGGUCAUGAACAUGCUCAAAUCAUCGUUUUCUUGCUGUACCUUGAUUUCCGAGGAAGACGAAGAUGCAGUUACAAUCGAAGCUGAUCGCGCUGGCAAAUACAUAGUCACCUUCGACCCCCUAGAUGGUUCUUCGAAUAUCGACUGUCUGGUAUCAAUCGGAACAAUUUGGGGAAUUUACAAAAAGGAAACCGACGGUUCUAUCAACGAUGUCUUGGUUCCUGGUCGAAAAAUGAUCGCAGCUGGAUACGCUCUCUACGGAUCCGCAACUGUUAUCGUCAACUCAUUCGGGGAAGCUCCAUCCAUGUUUAUGCUUGACCCAAAUAUUGGUGAGUUCAUUCUUACUGAAGCCGCAAUGUCCAUCAAGCUACGUAUCAACGAGGGAUACGCUAAGUACUGGGACGACGCGACCAAGCAAUACAUUCAAAAUAAAAAGGAUCCCGCAACUGGAUCUCCUUACGGUGCAAGAUACAUUGGCUCUAUGGUAGCUGAUGUUCAUCGAACACUUGUCUAUGGCGGCAUAUUCGGCUACCCAGCACACAAAAAGACGCCCAACGGAAAGCUGCGAUACUUGUACGAAGCUGCCCCGAUGGCAUUCAUCAUGGAAAAAGCUGGUGGAAUGGCCACCACCGGCAACGAACCGAUCUUGGAUGUCACUCCAAAGACCUACGCUUCAGAAGAGUUUGACGAGAUUGAAGAUCUGUUAAUUGUUGAUCUGGGCGCGGGCGGAGGAGCUCUUUCAGCAGCAGCUAUAUACACAGGCGCUGGUAAAGUUAUUGGUGUGGAGCUUGAUGAUGAUGCGAUCGCACUCAAUCUCCAAAACCGGGAAAACGAAGACUUCGAAGACUGUCAGUGGGAAGUGAUUCAAGCGGAUGUCCGAAGCUUUGUCGAAACAAGCUGGCUCAAGGCGGAUGUGGUGAUCACUAACCCCCCGUUUGGGACGAAGAACAACGCUGGUGUAGAUUUUGAAUUCGUUAAAGCGGCUCAUAAUAUCGCAACAGUGGCUGUUUACUCCCUUCACAAGACAAGUACAAGAUCUGGACUAGAAAGAAAAGUGAAGAAAGAAGGAUAUAAUGGGGAGGGCGUCGGUGACGAGUUUGAUUCAUUCCAAAUGUCAGAAAAUCCACGGGUCAGCGCGAAUCUUUCGCAGCGGCCGGGAGAUUCUAAAGCACAUCGUGGACAGAACUUCCGAGGAGAUUACAGGAAGAAGAGCCGGGGUGCACAAAGAAACAAUUUCAAUCAGAACACGUAUUUCGACCAAAAUGCCCAGUUCAAUAAUCAAGUCCAACACGCAAACCAAUAUACACCGCCAUUUCAUCAGCCACAUUAUCCUCAGUUCUCUAAUCAGUUGGCUACAGGCACUUCCUACGCACCCAUCCAAAGCCAUAUUCCCCCACAGCAUGUUCGCGGAAACAAUAUUUCUGUCGCCUCAAACGGUAUAAAUGAGCCAAACGGAGACGUAGAAAAGGCCACGGUUGUCCAAGGCAUGCAACCGAACGGUUAUGCGAUUCCACAAACGAUGCCCCAUGUCCAAUAUGAUUACGGUUCGCCCGUCACGACUGCUAGCACCAUGGCUGCUGGUCAGCCUCAAUACAAUCAACACCCUCUGUACAUCCAGAAUCAAGGCUACGCUGAUCCUAAUCAACAAAUAAUGUAUCAGCCGACAUACCAACAUCCGGCAUAUAUACAGACAGAUCCUCAUUUGUAUACUCAAAUGGGCCAAGUGCAAAUGUAUCCACAACAAGCGGUGCAUUUUCAGGCACAAGUAUCUCAGCCAGUUUAUUAUCCAGCGCAAUAUCCGCAAACAUACUACACGCAUGUUGAUCAGAGUCAGAUGGUUCAUCAGCAAAUGUUGCCCUCGGAAAACGGAACCGUGAUGCCAACGCCUGUUAUUCACAUCCAACAGCCGGCGCCGACGGAUGCAAAUGUCGAUCAACAAGCACCAGUAGAAAAUGUAGAAGUAUCGACUGAUCCACCAGUGACAACUCCUUCGAAUGAUGCUUAUCCGGACCUGACAUUCGGUCAGGUGGCCGACCCCAACUCAGUCACCUCUGAGCAGCUGACGACAACAGAGACCGAAAGUCAUGUGCUUGUCGCAGAAGAAAUUCCCCUCGUUGAGAAUAUUGAGGUCGCUGAGCCAGAGAAUAUCGAACCUCAAAUUAUAGAAGAUGAAGUCGAGACAGAUAAAGUAGAAGAAGUAAAGACAGUAGAAGAAGAAUCCAGCGAUUACCAGAACAUUGAAGCUGCCAUGAUUAAGAAAGAAGAGAUAGUGUACGAAUUAUCUGAUCCGAUCAAGUGGGAAAUGGAGCCUUCUGUAGAAAUGCUUAGAUUUUUGCAGGAAGACAGCGAGAGCGACGGCGAAUACGAUCAUGAUAAUGUGUUGAAGGGUAUCCAAAAACUGAGCUUCCAGCCGAACGAUCAUUUGAACGAUGAAGGAGAACGACCGCGGAACGAAAAGAACGUAACGGUUACCUUUGAUGGACCUGUAAAUAGCGAAUAUAAAUACGAAUAUAAAACGAAGAUGCCGAACGUGCCAAAAUCCACAAUCAAUGUUCAAAAAGUUACAAAAAAUGAAGUAAAAUCACCCUCCCAAGAAGCGACCUUAACUAAUAAUAAUAAUUGUGAAGAGAAAAAAGUUCAAAAUGAUAUCAACAACUCCAUCAACGCAUCUCAAAAAGAAAAAACAUCUCCAGUUGUGAAAAAAGAAAAUGCCCCCAGAACGCCCAAACAGGUUAAUGAACCAGCGGGUGCCCGGGAGAGUCAACCCGCUCAAGUAUCGACCCAGCAGAAGACGGAAGUCUCUAGGCCAUCGAGAGCGCUUACAAUUUCUCCGGUUGUUAUUUCAGCCGCUUCAAAGGACGAAAAUCAAAAGCGAAGACCUGCUCUUCCUCAGGCGGAUCCACGUGGAGCAAGCUCUGGUCCGCGGCCGAGCCCGAAACCAGUAGAAGCCACACCCCCAAAGCAAGCAUUCAGCUGGGCGUCUGUUGCCUCGAAGGGACCCAAGCAGACCAAACAGAAUGAAAAGCUUAAGGCUAGCAAAGAUCAAGCUAACGGCGAUACUGAAAAGACACCGAUAAAGUCUAAUGUAGACCAAGCUGCUCUUCAGAUUUCAUCUAUUUUGGACAUGCCAAAUAACGAGAUUGAUUCCUCAGGUGUACCCCGAGGAUUAAUCAACCAGGCAAAUUCAUGCUGGGUGAACUCUAUCCUUCAAACCGCUUUGGUUUGCGACCCGCUGUAUCAUUUACUGUGCAAGUUGCUCAAAUACACUUCAAACAACAACGGGGACCAUCAAAAUACGAAGGAGAUUGCACGAAUUGGCGCCGAGAUCAAGCGGCUACUUCCCACUUGCUCGAAGCUCGCUGAAGUUUUUGACCAGAUCGUUGUCAACAAGGGUGGAAUGGCUUACGAAGCCAAAGAUGUCUACGGCCAUAUCUCCACUCUAAACCCGACCAUCUCUGUUGGUCAGCAAGAUGCCGAGGAAGGUCUUAGUCUUCUUCUUAAUGCAAUGCACGAUGAAAUUGUUGCGCUCAAGAAAGCCGCUGGAAUCAACACAAAAGCGAAUCAAACUGUCACUUCCGCUGGAGAAGGCUGGCAAAUUUCGGGCCGUUCUAGAGCCUUUGCUGUUGCAACUUCAGCAACGGGAUCUGCUUUCGACGAGUCACCUAUUUCUGUUGGUUUCCGUGGGAUUUCUCAAUCAUCUAUAAAACUGCCUCCCCCUCAUCAAUCCCCACCACCCACAGAAGAACCCUUUUUCACCCUGAAGGUUGAAGUUCCUCCCCCACCAGUGCCUGGUAGCGAAAAAGCAAUAUCUAUCGAAGAGUGCCUUCGCCUGACGCCAAAAGAAGAAACUCUCGAUGAGUACCGACUAAAAAGUGGCCAGUCUGUAACGGCAACGCGCAAAGUUAGUCUCGCCUCUCUUCCACCUUUCCUUAUUCUUCAUAUGAAACGAUUUCAAUUCAAUCCCCGAACUCUCGAGAUCAAGAAAAUUGACCGUAAGGUCACCGUUCGAGAGCGCAUCACAAUCGAGCCUUACCUCCAGUCGCCUGUGCUAAGGGAGCAAACGCGCGGUGGCGUCGAUUAUGAACUACGCGGGAUGGUUCUUCACCACGGUAUUUCAGCUGAGGGCGGCCACUACACGGCAGAGGUGAAGCGUGGCACCAAAUGGUACCGGAUCGACGAUAACCGUGUGUCUGAAAUAAAGCUGAGCGAAGUCCUCCAUGCCGACAGCAGACGCACCCCCUAUUUAUUGUUAUGGGCUCGAUUAUAA